AUGCCGGAGCACACCGUGCACGACCUGCACCGCGAGGAUCAAAUUCUCCAGGAACGAUCGAUUUGCGGGUGCAGCAUGCAGUCGACUCCCCAGCGCACCGAAGAGGAGCGCGAUGCCUCCAUCAUCUGCCAUGUCCACCACGCUCUCCGCCACUACAACGCCAAAGAUGAGGGUUCAGACUUUGUGCCUGUCAAGCCGUUGAUGGCUGCCUACGUAGGUUUCCGAGGCCACAUUUGGGUCCACGUCAGCUUCCUGGCUUGCAGGAGCAAGAUCACUAGUAGCAAACGGAGGCGCAACAAGGACGAUCCCGUCAAGCACUUCUUCGCCGAGCUACGCUACGACCACCACUUCGGCACACCAACCGUCGAAACAUGCACCAUCAUCGAAAAAUCAUCGCGCAAAAGCCACUUGAAUACUAUGUGCACAUUUUGCCCCAAAAGUUUUGAGAUUCUGCACCCUCUUGACGGGAAAUUUUUAUGCGGAAAAAAGAGCCAAGCAGAUGAAGAACAAAGUUUCUCACAUUUCAUGAAUCUACUUGAGAAACCGUACACAUGCGUCACUGGGAGUGGUGAAGUUAAGGAAGAUGUGACAAUUCCAGAGGAGAAACGACGUAGCAUCCUGAGAUGGACCAUCCUCCCCUUUAAUUUCAUUAGAGGGUUUUGUGGACCUUGGAUGAUAAGCUUAAGGCGUGGAUAACUGGUGGAAC